AUGGCCCAAGGCGAGGCCCCACGGCAGAAUGCCUUCCGGGAUAAGGAGAAGCCCACCGCUGUGCGCUCAGGCAACAUCACAGCUGCCCGGGCGGUGGCAGAUGCCAUCACAACAUCUCUGGGCCCGAGAGGAAUGGACAAGAUGAUUCAGACGGGCAAGGGAGAGACAAUUAUCACAAACGACGGUGCUACCGCCCUCCGCCAAAUGGGCCUCCAACACCCCGCCGCACGAAUGCUCGUCGACCUCUCACACGCACAAGACAUCGAAGCAGGAGAUGGCACAACGUCCGUGGUGGUGAUUGCCGGCAGUCUGCUCGGCGCGGCCGAGCGACUCCUGGGCAAAGGCAUCCACCCCACCGUCAUCAGCGAAUCCUUCCAACGCGCAGCCAAGCAAGCCGUGCAGAUAUUAGAGGGCAUGUCUGUGCCCAUCAAUCUCGCCGACCGUCAGACCCUCCUCAAAGCCGCUUCCACCUCCCUCAGCUCCAAGAUUGUGUCUCAAGAACCCAAGCUUGCGCCGAUGGCUGUUGAUGCGGUUCUCCGCACCAUCAACCCCAACAACGCCUCCAAUGUCGACCUCAGAAAUAUUAGAGUGUUGAAGAAGUCUGGAGGAGUCAUAGACGACAGUGAGAUGGUGGACGGGCUGGUGUUGAGCCAGCAGGCAGCGAAGAGCGCCGGUGGGCCCACACGGAUAGAAAAGGCAAAGAUUGGACUCAUCCAGUUCCAGCUCUCCCCGCCGAAACCCGACAUGGAGAACCAGAUUGUCGUCAACGACUAUCGCCAAAUGGACAAGAUCCUGAAAGAGGAGCGCACCUACCUGCUCAACAUGGUCAAGAAGAUCAAAAAGGCCAAGUGCAACGUCCUGCUCGUCCAAAAGUCCAUCCUGCGCGACGCCGUCAACGACCUGUCCCUCCACUUCCUCUACAAACUCGGCAUCAUGUGCGUCAAAGACAUUGAGCGGGACGAGGUGGAGUUCAUCUGCAAAUCCACCGGCUGCAAACCCAUUGCAGACAUCGACUCCUUUACCGAAGAUAAGCUGGGCUCUGCCGACCUUGUUGAGGAAGUAUCUUUCCUCGGCUCGCGCUACACGAAAGUCACAGGCGUCAAGCACAGCAACCCCGGCGCCCCGCGCACCGUGUCCAUUGUCGCGCGUGGUGCAAACCCCUUGAUCCUUGACGAGGCAGAGCGCAGCUUACAUGAUGCCAUGUGUGUCAUUCGCUGUCUCGUAAAGAAGCGUGCCCUCUUACCUGGUGGAGGAGCACCAGAGAUGGCGGUCUCGACGCAGCUGGCGCAAAUGAGCACCACGCUCAACUACCCGGAUGCCAUUUGCUUCAAAGCGUUUGCCGACGCGCUAGAGGUGGUACCUGUAACCUUGGCGGAAAAUGCGGGGCUUAACAGCAUCAAGGUUGUGACGGAGCUGCGCGCGAGACAUGCCAAAGGCGAGACGAACAUGGGCGUGAGCAUCAAGCGCGGCGGCGUGGGCAUGAUGGGCGGCGAGGACAAGAGCAGCGCGAGCGCGGAGGCGGUCAUGCAGCCUCUGCUGGUGUCGACGAGCGCGAUUGAGCUGGCGAGCGAGACGGUCAAGAUGAUUUUGCGCAUCGACGAUAUCGCAUUGAGCAGGUAG